AAUGUUUCACUACAUCUUUGCUGAAAACGGAUUUAUUCUUGAAGGUUGACCUUCUAAAUUCUAACUCGAAUUUGAGUUAAUACUGACAUUCAUAUGUUUGAUAUGUGAAAGAAUCUGUCAAAUUACAUUAUUUUGCAUAACAAAGAAGCGAGUUUCCCUCCAAUAACAACUCCUUAAAAUUGAACUAUCCAAUAAAACUGUGGAUAUUUUCAAGUUCUAAAGUCAAUCUUGUAAACUUAAACCAAAAAGAGAUAUUAAAAUAAUGGCAAGUAGCAUGACAUUGGUGGCAGGAAAACAACAAAGCCAAGUACAUAAUGAAAAAAGUGAAGAUGGCUCAAAGCAGAAGGAUAAAAAAAAGUUAAGAGAACCCAAAUUUCUUCUUUCGAAACAGCAGAAGGAAGACAUAAAAGAGGCGUUUGAUUUAUUUGACACUGUAGGUGGUGGAUUGGUUGAAAGAGACUUCCUUAAAGUUGCAUUCAGGGCAUUAGGUAUAGAGCCUAGCCGUAAAGAUAUCAGAAAUCUUGCUGCAUUACCACUUUACUUAUCCUAUGAUGAAUUUGUUGAACAACUUCAAAUAAAGAUGACUUCAGAGGAUGAGCCAAGUGAUGUGAUAAAAAUGUUCCAGAUAUUUGACAUGAAUCACUGUGGAAAAAUAUCUUACAAAGAAUUGAAAGAAAUUGCAGAGACUUUGAAAGAGGAUGUUACAGAUGAAGAGCUAGAAGAAAUGUUAGAAGAGGGAGAUGUAUCAGGAGAUAAGAAAGUUGAAUUUGCAGAGUUUAAAACACUGUUACAAAGAAUAUUGAUAGUGUGACAGCCAAUCAUAUUAGUCUGUCUUGGAAAAGAACAGGUUAUAACUAAAUAUAUGAUAUUUUAAGAGAUGAAGAGAUACAUAAGGAUAGACAUAAAUGAAAUAUUUGAGAUAUAAUAUACAUUAAUUUUUUUGUAUUGCUAAACCCAGCAAAUUUUUACUCCUAGAUAUUUUAAAAUUGUAUUUUAUAGAAGCGAGUAUGAAAAAAAUAACAUAGAUAUAGA